CGGACUUCCUAUAAUAAUCAGUUAUUUUAAUUAGAUAUUGCUGCGAUCUCUGCUCUAAUAUUGUUUUUUCAAAAUAAAAGUAUAUUACCGCCAAAUUUGUUCCACUUAUCGCACAAAAAUACCGAUAUUUUUUCUAUCUACCCUGUGCAUCGAAAAUGAUCGUAUGACACUACACCUAACUACCUCUUACAUGCAGUGAGAGCGAGAGAAAUGCAUGCACAUGAGGAGUAAGCAUGUGCACUGUCAUACGACCAUGGGCAGUAUCGCACAAUUAUUCGAAAACAAUCGAUAUUAUCGAUAGUGCCAUCGAUGGUCUUGCAGCCCUAGUUACUACAACUCGACUACAUUUUGUUUUGCCAUUCAAUAAAUCUAUUAUUUAUAACAAAAUAAAAAGUGCUACACCGCUUGCGAAGUGCUCGCGCCCGAGGCAUUUGCAUAAAUCGAGCAACACAACGAAUACGCAACAUAACGUCCAAAAAAACCGAACGGCAGCAGCAGCAGCAGGUCCCAGCAACAGCAACAUAAAAUACACAAAAUAUAAAGAGGAAGCAGCAGAGCAGCAAGGCACACAUUGAAAAGUGUUUUAAUGCUCGCGAACAGCUAGUGGAGCGAUUUAAUGACAUUAAUGAAGUGUAAAGCAGCCAACCCCACACCGAAAAUGCUUUAGACAAGGCGAUUUUCGUGGAUUUUCUCUCUGGCGAGGGAGAGACCAGACCAGACCAGAGUUGCCAGAGGACGAGGAUGACUCCUGCCAUAUAAAAACGCGUACGAUCGUCCGAAAACACGCAAAGAAGGGGGUCUUUGGUUGGCUUGGCGAAUAAGUGGCAGGCAGGGCAGAAAUGUCCACAACGAUAAUCAAAAUCGCCACCUAGUGCCAGCAGUGCAGUGCAGGAGGAGAGCGAAGCUGUUUUGAAGGAAUUGGAACUGGAGUUGAGUUGGUUCUGGUACUGGACUGGUGCUAUCCACCCGAAAAAGCCGGCGACGCCACUGUCACCGUCACAGCCACCGCCACCGCCGACGUUUGCCUUGUUUAGCUUUUAAUUCGGUCUCCGUGCCUCUGCUUCUUGUUAUCAUUUUGUUGUUUACGUUUGUCUGUUGAACUCUUGUCCUUCCAAUUGUGCAAUUUGCCAAACAUUAAUUGUUAGUUAACAACACAAUCCCUCGUUGAGCAUACAAAUCAAAAUGAAAGCAUCCUUCUCACAUUCGCCAUCGAAAUCGCGUCCAGCCGUCAAAGCAACAAUCAAAUUACACCCGUCCAAACCCACCUCGUCACCGCCAUUAACAAUUCACGCUCGGAUCGGCACGAUUUCUCCAGGACCAGGAUAUUGUCAGCCAAAUUGAACGGAGACACGAAUCUAUAGGUACUGCAUGUACUGCAUCAAUCAACUGUAAUAUAAGGAUCCCCACAAAUAGAAAACUUACAGAACAUAAGAGUUGAAAACUUCUACAAGUUGGACUAUAACACAGCUUCGGCAAUCUUAAAGGACUUGCAGCGUCUUGAUUUCAUAUAUUCUCAAGCGUUGGCCAACUCUCUUUUGUGUUUUGUGUCUGUUUCGGCCUUGUCUGAUUGCCUUCCAAAUUCGCAAACGAGCGCAUCUUCCAUGGCCCAGAUAUUUGUAAAAUACGGGCGUUUGUGAUUUUCAUACAGAAAACGUUCGUUAAUCGUAGCUUAGGCGUAAGAAUAGGUAAAUAUUUAGCGAGCGUUGAGGCACCAAACAGAAAGGAAAGGAAAGGAACGGACCAGAGAGGACAGGACCUACACACAUCAUCGCUCUGCGCUCUGCACAUCCGCGUUCUUUUGUUGUUCUUUUGGCUGGCGCUUGGCACGACAAUCGACGCCAAUUCAGAGUGUGGCAUGAGUGGCCAUCAUUUGUCGGGCAUCCACCGGAAACAUGAUGAUAAUGAGUGUAGUGGACCACGACCACCUGUACCCGGAGAAGAGAGCCGUGUUAAAAAGAUGACCGAAGGGGUAGCAUUGGAUACACUGAAGAAUUCACCGCCAUCCUACCUGAACUGGGCCCGCACGCUCAACCAUCUGCUCGAGGACCGCGAUGGGGUCGAGCUCUUCAAGAAGUACGUCGAGGAGGAGGCGCCGGCCUACAACGAUCACCUCAACUUCUACUUUGCCUGCGAGGGUCUCAAGCAGCAGACCGAUCCGGAGAAGGUCAAGCAGAUAAUCGGAGCCAUUUACAGGUUCCUGCGCAAGAGUCAGCUGUCCAUUUCUGAUGACCUGCGCACCCAGAUCAAGGCGAUCAAGUCGAACCCAGAGCUCCCGCUCAGCCCGCACAUCUUCGACCCCAUGCAGCAUCAUGUGGAGACGACCAUCCGGGACAACAUCUACCCCACUUUCCUCUGCUCGGAAAUGUACAUCCUGUACAUCCAGCAGAUGUCCGCCCUUCAGGAACGCUUCAGCAGCAGCGGGGCGACGGGAGGAUCAGGCAGCGCCGGCAGCAGUGGCAGCGGCAGUUGCGGCAGCAGCUCCACUGGCGCCAGUGCCUUCCCGUCGGCUACUGCAAAGCAGCAUGUCACGGCAGCCGCUGCUGCGGUGGCGGCGACGGGGGCCGGGGUCUCGCCUGCUGGUGCCUUCAUCAACCUGCCAGUGAGUAGCGUGAGCGGGCCGCCAGCUGGCACGUGCAGUGCCAGCGGCAGUGUGUACGGUCCCUCGACCUCGGCCAGCUCGAGCGGGUCCAUCAGCGCCACCGACACACUGCCCCGCAGCUCCACGCUGCCCACGCUGCACGAGGACUCGGUGCUGUCCCUGUGCGACGACUUCGAAAAGGUGCAGAUGCAGGAGGGGGCCAGUCGGGUGCCCGUCGACUACCCGAUGCGACUGACGCGGGACCUACUAAUAGCAACACAGAAAAGAAGACUGGAAAUCCGACCUCCUGGAGCCCAUGGUUAUGUGUACACUGCGAGCACCAAUACCUCGUACGUCCCGAACUCGCGGGUUGAUUCGGAGAGGGCGAGCGUUAGCUCCGGCGGCCGCACCGACUCCGAUACCAUGUCGCUGUCCAGCUGUUCCAUGGAUGGUCGGCCAUACAUACAACGCAGACACAGUUCGACGGAGAGCAAAGCGAUUCGCCAGAGUGCCAUGGCGAAUAAGGAAACAAACACCUUUCAGGUGAUACCUCGCACACAACGAUUACAUUCAAACGAGCACAGACCGUUGAAGGAGGACGAGCUGGUCGCCUUGCUGAUACCCAAACUGGAGGAAGUGAAGCGGAAGCGGGACUUGGAGGAACGGGCCCGCCUUGAGAGAAAUCCUGGGGCUGCUUUGUUGAGCAACGAAAGAUCUAGCGCCAGUGACCGGGCCUUUGCCGAGGCGAUACGGGAAAAGUUCGCACUGGAUGAAGACAACGACCAAGAUAUUCUGGACCAGCAUGUGUCGCGUGUGUGGAAGGACCAAACGCCGCAUCGCUCACCUGGUACGAUGUCCCCUUGCCCGCCAAUACCGUCGAGAAGACGCACAGCCACCCACGACUCGGGCAUGGUCAGCGAUGGGGCGAUGAGCUUAAGUGGACACUCCAUGAAGCACUCGAAAUCCAUGCCGGAUCACAGUUCCUGCUCGAGGAAGUUGACAAACAAAUGGCCUUCCAUGAACACAGACAGUGGUAUCAGCAUGUUCUCAGCCGAUACUGUUAUGAAGUACAAAGAUCCAAGCUCCCGCUCUGGUUCAAGCACGGCCUCAAAACUGGAGGAAGCGAAACGAAGACUGGAAGACGAGCCGCGGCGUUCUCGUCGAUAUGCCCAACCGCAGCUACAGCUACAGCUACAACAAAGCCACAUGAUGCAACAGCAGCCCCUAGCUUCCUUCAGCAGUAGCAGCAGCGGCGGCAGCAACAGCACCCUGCCCCAUCAGCCAACGUCGGCGCCCCCGCCUCUGCCGGCCAAGCCGCCAGAGACGAUCGUCGUGUUUAUGUUCUGCGAGGAGCCCGUUCCGUACAGAAUAAAAAUACCCGGAACUCAGCCAACCCUGCGUCAAUUUAAGGACUAUCUGCCCAGAAGAGGUCACUUUAGAUUCUUUUUUAAGACGCACUGCGAGGACCCGGACAGUCCAGUGAUUCAGGAAGAGAUUGUUAACGACUCCGACAUACUGCCCCUAUUCGGAGACAAAGCGAUGGGUCUUGUCAAGCCAUCCGAUUAGUGUUUAAGCAUUUAGCGUAGAUUUUGUAUUAAGGCAAACAUCGUGUGGGAGGGAAGAGGAGAAGCGAGGAGAGUGGGUGCUUUGAAGUAUAGUUACGCAUCUUAGAGCUAGUAGCUAGGAGCUAGGAAUUUGAGCAAUCAAAAGCUAUAUACAUUCAAUGGGCUUUUGCAAGCAUCACAAACUACGAGUACUCUUCUAUGGCGGAGUAAUGUAUUUUUCUGUAUCUCUAUUUCCCCAAUUUUUGAAUCAACCAACAAACGCAUCAUCCACACCCACAAUUAGAGCAUAAAGUUUACUCUUCUACCCCCCAGCAGUCCUAGACAUCCCGGCCAGUAUCGAGUAGCCAGUACGCCAGUAGCAGCAGCAGUGCUUGAGUGGACUCUGAAACGGGGCAGUAGGAUAUUAUUGGGACGAAGGAGGGGACCAGAAAGAGAGAAGCAAAAUUUAUAUACAUACAUAUGUAGGAAGAAGGAGUUUAUGUGUUUGUCCUGAAUUCGGAUUUGUUUGUUACCUUUAUACUAACUACGGACUGCCUGCAAUAAAUUUUGUUAAUAUUUU